AUGAUAAACUCUGUUCGGUUUUCAAUUAUUGAGAAUGAUUUGAAUCGUGAAGAACAAGAACGCAACGAAGAGUAUGGAGAUGAAGAAGAUCGGAAGAGCAUAUCGAGUGAAGGUAGCGGUGAAGGAAUUAAAAUUUCGUACACUUCCAAGACACAACCUCGUGAUUAUGAUGGCCACUUAAUGGAGAUUACGGAACUUGAACUUUCCCUACAUUCUCUCACAAAUGCUGACGAGAUCGAAACUUGCAUCGUGUCAAACACGCAAUUUGACUUUCAGUCUACAGAACAACUCAAUGUCGCUCUCAUGUUUGCUGUUUGGCAUCGAAACUUCUCAUAUGCUUCUAAACUUUUAAGAAUGAACGCAGAUGCAAAUGUCACUGACAUCAAAGGCCGAUCAGCACUUCAUUAUGCUUGCAUCUUUGGAAGUGCAACUUUUGUGAAACUUUUAUUUCAUCACAGAGCUUUAGUGAAUGUUUGGGAUAUUGAAAAAACUGUUACACCACUUCACUAUGCAGCAAUUUCGGGAAGUGAAGAAUGUGUUCGUCUUUUGAUAGCUCGUGGAGCUGAAGUGAAUUCAGGCAUUGAUCGAAGAUCCCCACUUCAUUAUGCUGUUCAAAAGAAUGCAAUAAAAUGUGUUGAACUUCUUCUCGCAAACGGAGCGAAUCCUAAUCCACCUAAAAUAACUAUUGAAAGUCCACUUCAUAUUGCCGUUGAAAUGGGAUUUUCAGAAUGCUUGAAAGCACUUUUAGAUGCUGGUGCUGAUGUAUCAACAAGAAUGGGAAAUAAAAGAAAUACUGCCUUACAUCUUGCUGCUGAAGAUGACUUCUCUGAUUGUGUAAAACAUUUACUUGAAGCUGGUGCAAGUGUCAACGCUAGAAAUAUUGAUGAACAAACGCCACUUCAUGUUGCUUGCCUCUCACAAAGCUUUGAGACACUAGAAUUGUUACUCAAACAUGGUGCUGAUGUUAAUCUCGUUUACAGGGAUGGAAGAACAGCUUUACAUGCUUCUAUUGUUAAAGAAUCGAGUUCAUGGGAUUGCACGAGAAUGCUUCUAGACAGAAAAGCGGAUGUCAACAAAGCUGAUGAUUUUGGCUACACGCCACUUCACAUUGCUGCUUUAAACGAGUUCAGUUCUUGCGCUUACAUGUUAAUUGAAUAUGGAGCUGACAUAAUAGCAAGAACCAAUGGAGGAGUGUCAGCACUUUCAUUUAUCGUUCGACGAACACCAGAAGUGAUUCCAAAAUACUUUGCUAAAUUAGAUUCUUCGAUAAAAGUUAAUGAACAUGAAAUUGGCGAUGUUGAUUGCGAAAUUAAACUUGACUUUCGAUGUCUUGUUCCUAAUCAUGAACGAGGUGAAACUGAACUUCUACUUGCAUUCAUUGAAGUUGGACAGAAAAGAAUUCUUAAACAUCCACUUGCAGAAACAUUUUUAUUCCUUAAAUGGCGAAGAAUUAGAAAAUAUUUUCUUUUUAGUCUCUUUUAUCAUUCACUUUACGUUUUACUUUUCACGAUCUACGCCAUGCAAGUUUUUGUCAAUCAUUGUCAAAAGGGAAACUGCAAUGAAGAGACUUACGUUCAAGCAAUCGCUAUUAUUGGCUACAUUGUCUUGUUUAUGAACUUUUCACUCAUGGCAAAGGAAAUUUUUCAAGCUGCGCAUGGUUUUGUAGUUUAUGUUCGUUACUGGGAAAAUUGGCUUCAAUGGAUGAUUAUUUUUGGAGUUUUUCUAUCUUCGUAUCCCCAAGGUGAGAAGCUUAAAGAUCUCAGCACCAUCGACACUUGGCAAUUCAAUGUUGCCGGUAUUGUCAUCUUUUUUGUUUGGCUUGAGCUCAUGAUGUUAGUCGGACGGUUCCCAAUUUUCGGUUUAUACGUUCAAAUGUUCACAAAAGUUGCGGUAAACUUCUCGAAAUUCCUUCUUGCCUAUUGUUGUCUGCUGAUUGCAUUUGCUUUAAGCUUUUGCAUUCUUUUCUCAAACUAUGCGCCAUUUGAAAGUGUGCCAUUAUCAAUUCUAAAAACAAUUGUCAUGAUGAUUGGUGAAUUGGAAUUCGAAGACGUUUUCUUCACAAAUGAUGGAGACCAAGACCAGCCAGUUUUACAUCCAAUAACAGCUCACAUAAUGUUUUUGGCGUUUGUCAUUCUUGUCACAGUCAUCUUAAUGAAUCUCCUUGUUGGACUUGCUGUAAGUGACAUUCAAGGAUUACAAGCUUCAGCUGGACUUAAUCGAUUAACGAGACAAGCUGAACUUGUUGCAAGACUUGAAGGACUUUUAUUUAGUAAACUUUUGAAAAAAGCGCCGUCAAAAGUUUUAAAAUUUUUUCGUCGUGAAGCUCUUUUGAGAACUUCACGAUACAAUCUUCAAUUGGGUAUCAAGCCAAAUGAUCCACGUGAGAAAAGGAUUCCGAAAGAUAUCAUGGCAUCAAUCUACAAACUUGUUGCUGAACGAAGAGAUCGUAAUCAAAGUAUGAGAAGAAAGAGAAAUAAUCGCAACAUAAAUCUAUUCAAAGAAUCGUUUGAUGAAGUCAUUUAUCGACAACCUACUUUACAUCGCAAUCAAACGUGGCGUCAAAGAACAAUUUCUGAUCAGCCACCAUCGCGUGAUACUUCAAGUUUUGGGGCUCGAAGAUCAACGAAUGAUAUACCAAUGGUAAAUAUAAGAAAUCAAUUAAAGGAGGUUGAAACGAAACUUGACGUUUUGAUGAAAAGAAUUGAUGAAUUGUCAAACAGUAUUUCAAAAAAAUGA